UGAUGCUGGGGGCUCGGCCGUCCGGCUGACGGGCGGGCGGUGGCGCGGGGGUCGGCAGUGUUUGGGUUAGCCGGGCCGGCCGUGGGGCGCGUGGUGUGGCAGCGGUAUACCCUCCCCCUCCACUCUGUGCCUGGUGUACUCCGUCUGUGCCGCGUCUGGUACUGCUGUGCUCACGCCCACCGCCAGUGGCCCUAUCGCAGUCGUCCCCCAGCUGCGACCAUAGGAGGUCAGGUGUCCCGCGCAGGCCGGCUCGUCAUGAAGCAGACCAUCCACACGGAUAAGGCGCCGGCCGCCAUCGGGCCCUACAGCCAGGCGGUGCUGGUGGACCGGACGCUGUACAUUUCCGGCCAGCUGGGUAUGGACACGUGCGGCCAGCUGCAGGAGGGCGUCGAGGCCCAGACACGCAUGGCGCUGGAGAACAUGGGGCACAUCCUCCAAGCGGCCGGCAUGAGCCACAGCGACGUUGUCAAGGCGACCGUCCUCCUUGCCGAUAUGAACGACUUUGUGAAGGUCAACGAUGUUUACAAGACAUUUUUCACCGAGCAGUUCCCUGCGCGUGCCGCCUACCAGGUGGCAGCACUGCCCAAGGGUGGACGUGUGGAGAUCGAGGCUGUGGCUGUCAAGUCGGCCUAGAUGACGCCCGCUGGAUGCCGAGUAAUACCACACACUGGAUAAUGGCCCGGUCUGGUGCGGUGACGGUAAUCAACUGUCAUGGAAGGGUGAUAGAUGUGGCGGCAAGUGAUGUGAUAAGCGUCAGGUGAUGUCACGUGACCUCAGGCGCACCAGUCGAGAGUCGAGGACGGAGAGGAAGACCGGCCUCUGCCGAUUUGUCAGUGCGCAGCGCCGAUGAUGUUAGGCUACAUUUGUUAUUUUUGUCAUUUCAAUUAGAAUGCAUUAGUUAUUCGACAAUCGACAUUC